AUGUGUCCUGGUUUUCAGGAAACAAUCGUAUUAUUGCUGGCGUUGAGCGGGCUGGCGUUAUCAGCGGAUCUAUGUUGUCCGAACGAUGAGAUCAUAAGAUCAAGAGGCUACUGUGGAAAUGGAUCCUACAGGAUCAACAUGAACUGCUCCCUGGGACACAUACUGCUGAGAGACAUCGUACUAAACGGGAAUAGUGUUUCAACGUUGGACUCUCCCGGAUUUGUGUUCGUUGAAGAUCCCUCUUUGUAUUGCAUCGGUAAAAUGUAUAAGAAUUCAUCGGAGCCGGAUUUGGGUACUAUCCCAGUUGCUGUGGUCUGCUUUGAGGAGAUCAAGAACUACGACAUCGAAACUGGUGGAGUUCUAACACUGAUAUCCGUAGUAUUUCUACUAGCCACCUUCGCUAUAUACAUGUACUUGCCACAAAUGAGGGAUCUGCAAGGGGUCUGUUAUAUGAGCAUGUGUGUCAGCAUGGCGCUGGGAUUCUUAUCACUAGGGAUACUACAGCUGAGUCCUGGAUUUAAGGGUGAAAUAUGCACCGUAACAGGUUUCCUUGUCUACUUUUGGAUGAUGGCCACCUUCUUCUGGAUGAACGUCAUAAGCAUCAACAUGUACAGAACCGUGGAAGAUGCAAGCUACUUGAAGAAGACAGAAAAGAAACAGUACUUUAUGUAUAACUGCUACGCUUGGGGUUUUACAAUCUUCUUCCUCAUAGUAUCGCUCAUUACUAACUUCGUGGAAGGGGGCCACUACAAGCCAGGAAUUGGAGAUGGCAGCUGCUGGUUUAAAGGACGGACAGAAACUUGGAUAUUUUUCUACGGACCCAUAGCUAUUCUCAUCGCUACAAACGUGAUCCUAUUCGUCCUAUCUUCCUUCAACCUCUGGAGACACACCAGGAAAUAUGAAGUCAAUAAACUAAAUAACCUUAAACAUAGGUUCUUAGUGUCCCUGAAGCUGUUCCUUGUCAUGGGAAUUUCAUGGAUAUUUGAGAUCGCUAGCUUCGCACACGGAGAGGCCCAUAUAAUUUGGAAAAUAAUGGACACAUUCAACUGCCUGCAAGGUAUCGUGAUAUUUCUGAUUCUGGUCGUGUUCCGAAGACGAGCUAUGCAAGGUCUGGCAGGCGAGAACUGCUGUCUGUUUAUAACACGACCCAUAGCAGAGAAACUGAGUCCUCACGACGACUCAGAUGACCAACAAAUACUAGCGGAUGAUACCGUCGAAGUUAGUCUUUGUUUAUAUAUGAUUGUAAUAGAACUAUGA